UUCGCUCGGGACGCCGCCGCCGCCGCCGGCCCCCUAAGUGUCCCCGUGACUGCCGUCGCCCUGUCUAGGAAGGGUCGCCGAGGGUCCGCGGAGCCCAGCGGAGCUGCAAGCCGCCAGGGACAGCGGAGGCGCCGCCGAGAGCCUGAGGGGCUCGGUAAGAACAAGUGACUAGAAAAGCUGAUUGUGGAGUCACCUGCUAUGGCGCGGAGAAGAUUUGAUUGCCGAAGUAUUUCGGGCAUGCUAACAACAGCUCCGCAGACUCCAAUCAAAAUGGAAAACUUCAAUAAUUUCUAUACACUUACACCUAAAGAGCUUGGGAGAGGAAAAUUUGCUGUGGUCAGACAAUGUAUAUCAAAAUCUACUGGCCAAGAAUAUGCCGCAAAAUUUCUCAAAAAGAGAAGACGAGGACAAGAUUGUCGAGCAGAAAUUCUGCAUGAGAUUGCUGUGCUUGAGCUGGCCACGUCUUGUCCCCACGUGAUUAAUCUCCAUGAGGUCUAUGAAAAUGCCAGUGAGAUCAUUUUGAUACUAGAAUAUGCUGCAGGCGGGGAAAUUUUCAACCUGUGUUUGCCUGAGCUGGCUGAAAUGGUCUCUGAAAAUGACAUUAGCAGACUCAUUAAGCAAAUACUUGAAGGAGUUUAUUAUCUACAUCAGAAUAACAUUGUGCACCUUGACUUGAAGCCACAGAAUAUACUAUUAAGCAGUGUAUAUCCUCUUGGGGACAUAAAAAUUGUAGAUUUUGGAAUGUCUCGAAAAAUUGGGAAUACAUGUGAGCUUCGGGAGAUUAUGGGGACACCAGAAUACUUAGCUCCAGAAAUCCUGAACUACGACCCCAUCACCACAGCAACAGAUAUGUGGAAUGUUGGCGUAAUAGCGUACAUGUUGCUAACUCACACUUCACCAUUUGUGGGAGAAGACAAUCAGGAAACGUAUCUGAACAUUUCUCAAGUUAACGUAGAUUAUUCAAAAGAAACUUUUUCAUCAGUUUCACAGCUCGCCACAGACUUCAUCCAGAGACUUCUAGUGAAAAAUCCAGAGAGCAGACCCAGCGCAGAAACCUGCCUCGCCCACUCGUGGCUGCAGCAGUGGGACUUUGGAGGCUUGAUCCACCCUGAAGAGACUCGCAGCUCCUCCCCUCCAGUUCAGGACCAUCCAGUGAGGGCCUCCGAAGAGAAGGCCGCCCGAUCCUGUUGUAGCGGACCCUGUGGCAACCGGGAAGACAAGGAGAACAUCCCAGAGGAUGGCAGCAUGGUUUCCAAGAGAUUUCGCUUCGAUGACUCUCUGCCCAGCCCCCACGAACUCGUUUCGGAUUUGCUGUGUUAGCACUUUUCUCUCUGACUCUUUGGGACUGACUUGGAAAUUUGAAAUCCACUCCAGUGAGGACUGUGGGCACAGCUUCGUAUGGAUAGGUUUAUGUUGUAAAUGCACUUUUGCAUAGAAAUUUUAAGGAAGCAUUUUUAAAAAUGCAAAAUUUCUAAUUGCUAGCAAAAUAUUAUUUCCUGUCUUGAGAAAGCUCCAUAGAGAAAAAUAUUUAAAUAUAUGACAAAAAGUUGAAAUUAUAUAUGUGAGUUCACAUGUAAGUGAAUGAAUUCAAGUUCAAAUGAACUUAGAUUUUUGCAUAUCAAAAAGUGGUUUGGGUUAUAUAAUGGUUGUUACUGAGCAAAAUCAAAGCAUUUGAAUGCGUUCUGCCUCUGAGAGCCACACACUCUGACUCUGCUGACAGUUUGCUUAGGAGAACAGUAUCAAUGUUCAGCCAAAUCUGUACUAUAUAGAUGCCCCAGGGACGUUUUACAACUGAGAGUGGUUUUCACUUACAAGUAAGCUGCAUUUCGAUUUCUGUCACAUGUGACUUGCUGUGUGAACCUCGAGCACAGAGAGCCGGAGCCAGGUAGCGAGCUCCCCGCACCACUCGGGGGGCAGAGCAGCGAGCGAGUCCGCAUUCUUGGGAUGGCUAGAGGAGAAGACGCUUGGGUGGAACUGACAGUGCUCAGUGCUUAGCUAAGUCUGUUGAGCGAGGGAGGAAAUGUUGACAGACUCAGGCAGCUUAUUCAGCUUUUGAUGUUUCCUAGAGCCUAGCAUAUAAGCCCGUAGGGCCAGGGAGAUGGCUCGGUGGCACAGCGCCUGCCUGGCAAAUGUGAGGUCCUGAAUUCAGUUCCCGGUACAAAAAAAAAAAAUACAGACCCAUCAUUAUGGCCCUAAAAUAUGCAUAGAAAACCACACAACCAGGUGUGGCGCUCCCCUAUAAUUCAGCACACAGGAGGCUGAGGCAGGAGAUUCACUGUGAGUUCGAGGCCAGCCUGGGCUACCUAAGCAAGUUUAAGACCAUUCUGGACCAUAUAGUGAGACCCUGUCUCAAAGAAAGGAAACGCCACACCACCUCCUAGGCUAGCAACACAAGGCCACAUCUGCAGUAGCAAGGCCAGUGUGACAGGAAGAGUUCUGGUCUGAAAUUCCUGGUGCACACACACAGAGGCCGAGUGACUCUCUGCAGGGCCUGUAGGAGGCUCUGUGCCGGGAGGGGGACAGGGGCCUGAGUUGCAGCCCGUACUAGUUCAGGCCUGAUUCGGGGCGAGUGGGGAGCACUUGUAUUUCUACCUGAUAAUCAUUAAAAAAUUUGCUACAGUAUGAUGUAAAUGUAACUGUGGUCCCAUAACCAUGCAAUUAUGUCAGCUUGUGUGUUGUACAUUACAAAGAGAGACCACUGCAGAUUUCUGAGUCAGAUAUUAUUGUAUAGACCUAUACAGUAUGGGAGUUGUGGUGACUGCAAGUUCUUUAGAGAGCUUUCUUGUUUCAUACCCAUGGCUUGUUUUGAUAAAAUGGUGAGUUCUUUUAACACCUGCAUUUUUUUCAAAGAAAAGUUUUUCUACUGUGUGUAUACACACACGUGUAUAUGUAUAUGUGUACAUAUAGAUAGACAAAUACAGUCUUUAAACAGCUGUCUGUUGAGCAGUCUUCGCUCUCCUGGCUUGUACUCACCUCAGGUGCCAAAGGCGCUCUCUUUUCAUGAAUAAGAGAUAGAUGCACCGGACCUUGAAGGAGCCGUUCGCUGGCCCUGUGGACACUGCAGAUACUACAGUGAGCUGCUGUGCUUCUACAAUUGAGUUAUUUUUAAGUAUUCGGUUCUUGUCUUCAGUAUUAAGUAAUUCAGGUAAAGCUUAGCAAGCCAUUAGAGAAGGAGGAAACCACUGCUCUCCUAAACAACCAUUGUUACAUUUUAAAAAUUUUACAGGAUUUAUACCCUAAUGAACAAUAAAAGUGAAGAAAUGGUUGAAUUUUGAAA